AAUAUAAUAUCGUCUUUUGACUGGCCGGCCAGAUCGGAGUCCGGAGUGGUGCCGUCGCGGUGUCCGUCCGCUGCAACGCGUCUGUAAUAAAUAAUUAAAUAAUAAUACUAAUUAUUAUUUUAGUUCGUUUAAAUACCGUAAAAAAUCAACGCGAGAGGGACGCUUACCCUAAAUUCGGGACACACAUGCUGUUGACAUUUCGUCAUCAUCGUCAUAACUCACAGACACGAUAAUAGCAGGAUGUGGCCUUAUAUACGGAAAACAGAGAGCGUUGCAGAGCUCAAGAUGAAAUUCACCGGUAACCAAAAUGUCAAAAACGGCAUUGGGGUUUCGGGUAAACCAACCAGGAUACCGCAGACGAGCACAAGUACCGUAGCGACAAAAAACGGGGUGAAACAGAAAAUGCCGGCUGUAAACUCCAAAGAAAUGAUCAAAGAUACAGUUGAAGAUUUGUCGCUUACGAGCAAAAAUUCGAGUAGAGUCAAAGACCUGAUCAAAAAGCUAAACGAAGGUUCCCAACAGUCCAGUUUUAAAAAAAAAGGAUCAGCCCAUAUGAACGACGCCUCUUCAGAAACUGGCUCACCAAAACUUACUGACCGAAUCACUAGCAUUAAGGUACAAAAAAUAUUAACAAAUUCGUCAAAAGCGACCGUUCAAGAUGUUCUGGACGUACGGAAAAAAUCUGUCGAAGGCAAUAACCGCGUGGGAGGAAACACGGCCAAUUCGAUAAUUUCAGACAAUGAAAAUCAAUUACCACAGAUGGUAGACUUGGAAACUAUGUUUUCAUUACUCUCAGAGAAACAUUCAGAAUUACUGCGUGCAUACAAUUGCAUGCAAGUGCAACAACUCAAAGACUCGACGUUGCGUAAAGACAAACGAGAAAUCCAACGGUUGUCAAAUAUAAAUUCUGACCUUUUAAUUGAAGUGAAUAAAUUGCAAGCGCAACUUAAAGAAACAUCAGAACACAACGAACUACUCGAGUUCAGGCUUUUGGAGUUGGAAGAUAUCGAAACAACGACCAAAUUGAAAAUUCAAAACCGUGAAACCACCGAAGAUAUGAGCGACUCCGGUGUUAUGUCACUGGCCACCAGUGAUGAUUUUUGCAGUGACGGAGACCAACACGAAAACGAAUUAGAUGUAAGGCGGUGUGAUAACAUUAAACAACGACUGAUGGAAAUGUACAACAGCGUAUGUUAUUGCGUAGAAGAUAGAUCAACAAUUAAUCAAGUACUAGCUCUCAUACGGAAUUUCGAGUGCCGUUUAAUAGACGUAAAUCAAAAUGAUCGCCAUAAGCAGGCGUAUACAGACUGCCUUCAAGAAAGUGGUAUUUUUGAAGAGGAUAUUUAUUCGGAAGCUAUAUCAGAAGCGACUCAAACGGAAAGUCCUAUUGAAAAAACCAUAGGUAUUCUUUCUACCGAUUUAACCGAAGAACUUAGAAAAUUAUCUAGAAUUCGUGAAAAAAUCGAAGAACGCAAAGUGCCAUUAGUUGAUGAUCGAGUUGCUAAAGAAUUGUCGUUUUAUAAAGAACACUGGCGAACUUUAGAAAGGAAAAUCGAAGCUUAUGAAUGUGACGGAGACGAUAGAGUGAAACUUUUAACGUCAACUAUCGAUAGAGAAUCAAGACUGGCCAGUGAAAUAAAACUUUUAUAUACCACUAUAGACAAACUAAAAGAACAAAAUCGAUCUAUUGAAGAAGAAAAAUGUGAAUUCGAAGAGGCGGAAAAUGACACUAGACUUAGAUUCCAGAAGUUGGAAAACAAAUACAUGACAUUGGCUGAAAAAAAAAAUACCUUACAGACAGAAUUGAAUGUCAAGGCACAAGAAAUCGAAGCACUCCGCCAAGAGUUAUCUGAAGUAAAUGCAAAAAAAUGCGAAGCCCGUAAGCACGCGGCCUCCAUGGAAGCACUGAUCAACAAAUAUGAGCAGAGAAAUUUUGAACUUGAAGAAUCCGAGAUGGAAACAAAAUGUAAAUUACAAAUUUUGGAAAAUGCAUGGCCGGCAAUAGUGUUAUGGAAUAUAUGGCGUGUUGUAUGUAAACAUUAUCGCAAAUCCAAAUCAACGUCGGCUAUUGAGUACAAACAGUCUACAGAACUGGACAUAGAUUAUUUAGAAAAACUGCGUAUCAUGACCAAAGAGCGAAUGGAAAUGGAAAAAAGGAUCCAUGACCUUGAGUUUAAAGAAAAUGUGUAUCAACAGACAUUACAACAGGCUGAUAACAUUUUAGCUAACGUCGAGGAAGGUUACAAGCGGCAAAUCGAAGAACUGAACUCAGAACUGGCUGAAAAACAAAAACAGUUAACAGAUCGUGAGAACCGGAUGCGGUUAUCAGCUGAUUCUAGAAAUAGGGAACCAGAACUUUUAGACAGAAUACAUGGACUCGAAACGGAGAUACGAGAACUUAUGCACAAGCUUAAAGCUAAAGAUGUGGAAAAGCAGUCUUGGGUCCGUCGUGAAACUCAACUUAGAAAUGAUAUGGAUCAGUUCGUCAAUGAAGUUUGCCAAAUCAAAUCAGAAAAUGCCGUACUCAAAAAUCAAUUAGAUUGCGAGAAAAUGAAAUUUAAAGACCUACAGAAAGACAUUAAUUUCAAACAGUCGGUGUACGCUGAAUUGGAGGAGAAAUCCAACGCAGAAGCAAAAAACUACCAAUCUACCAUACUAAAAUUAUCGAAACAAAUUGAUGAGUAUGACGUCACAAACGGAGAACUCAAAGAAGAAGUCGAAACCCUUGAGGCACACGUAAAACUUUUACGAAAUGCACUAGCUGAAGAAAAGGAAAUCAAAGAAAACAUAACUGUAGAGUUAAACCAAGAACUGUCACGUAAACAAGAAAUUAUUGAUAGUUUAGAAAGGCACAUGUCGUACAAUGGAUCGAAAAAUGCUGCCGAGGAGCUGCAGUGUGAAAACUUAAAAACUAACAAUGUUGGAAAAUUAAACUUGGAGCAAAUCGAUGAUAACGAUGAUCACACAACAACGCCACAACUAUCGAACCUAACACAAUUACAAACGUGUGAUGCCUGUUUUAAACAUUUUGAACCAAUUUUACAAAAAAUUAUGCACAAUUUCAACGACGUUUGUCCAACGUUAGACUCAAAUAGCAAUUUAAACGUGUCGGAGGACUCUACUAAAACGUCCGAUGAUCGCCCAAAAUCUGUGAAACCCGUACAACACAAAUGUCCGCUUAAGAUAAAACAAACAGUUUGUCACCUAACCAAACAAGCAGCCAUGUUGGAGGCCAAAAAUUUCGAAAAAAACAAGAUAAUUAUGAUGCUGGCUGACGAACUGCUAUAUUUAUCUGAGCACGACAAGUGGAGUAGGCGAUUAGAGUUCACGAGAGGUCUCGAUUCCGUUCCAUCCACUCGAUACGCUCCCGACUUUAAUUGCACGACCGUAGAAAAAUACUUGAACGGUGGCACCGAGUGCACUUCGGACGAAAAGAGCGACGACCGUAAAUACAUGUGCCUGAUUGGACCGGAAAACCCUAUCGGUCUGCACGUCGUCAGGCAGAUCGGACCAGACGGCAUCAUUCUGGCGUGGAAAUCGCCACAACCCAAUCCGGCUGGCUCGUACGAGCUGUGCCUGAACGGGAAAUUAGCGCAGAGGAUCCCGUGCACGGGACGUUCGACGACCGUGUUGUGUCCUGUCAACCUGCAGGAACCUCUCACUAUCACGAUGAGCGCGGUGAACGACGAAGACGGAACGGCGAUGCCACCAAUCACCAUUCACCAUCCCUUCGUCAUAUGAACCCCGUCAGCCGCCCGUCGUCGUUUCUCUAGUCUUCAGCAUUACUGCAAAAAAUCAAUCAAAACCGUCCAGCUGUGUAACAAGUCACAUUAUUGUAUAUGUAAUAACCGUCAUAAUAAUAUGUACACGACACAUCGAGUUAUGGUAUAUACC